AUGCACAAUGCAUAUGUUAAUUCAACAGUAUAUGCUGUUAGGUGUAAAGAGUCAUUCUCAUUAUCUUUCAAUGGCCACUCAAACUUCUGUUAUGAAAGAUUUGACAGAACCCCAUCAUACUGUUUGUCAUGCUGUGGUUGUUGUGAUUGCUGUUCAGUCUCCACUUAUAGAGUACCCAUAAAGCCUUGCCUUCUAAAUGGGUUGAGGCAAUCUGCCCUUCUUCAAUUGUCGGCAACUAGAAGGUUGAUAUUGGGUGGUGGAGAUCAUUAUCUUUCCCGGAUACCAGCUUAUGGUUUCCUCAGAGAUUGCCAGGAGCUUAAUUCUUUUGUCAAUGAGAGAACUGUUUGCAAUACUAGUAGACGGAGCAUAAAGGGAAGAUAUAUUCGUGCUGCCUCACAGAAAGGGAGAAAAUUUUCUCAUUUGUUUGGUUCUGAUGAUGUCGAAGCAGUUCUCAGCUUGUUGAAUGAGGAGGCAGAUAAGGAUGUUGCCAUUUGUAGUCAAUGUAAGAAUGGGUUUACAUCAAAAAGAAUGGAAGUUGAGAAGACAAGAAAAAAUGUGAUGAGAGAUGGGCAUUUGAGUUCAAGUGAGAAAGUAAAAACAGAGAAAAAAGGAGAUUUGAAGCGACAUCAGUCAUCCACCAUAGAAUUGAGGAGAGAAUUUGAAAAUCCCAACAAAGAAAGUGAAGCCUUUGCAAAAAGUGAAAACCAUAGGAAACGGAGAGAUCUGUCUAGUUGUUCAUCUUAUUACUCUCUCUCAUCAGGAGAUUUUGGGAGUGAGCUGGAAGUUCAGGAUGAGAUUGGUUUGGAAGAAUCAUCACUGGAAUAUGAGAAGGGUGAAACAAAUCGUGUGGAGGAACAAGUGAAGGAAGAAUUCAAAAGGCAAGGGGAUAACUCAAAGAAGCUGCUGGGUGUUUCAAAUAAGGAAAGAUUUGCAUUUGGUCAGGAUAUUGAUUGGAACCUAAGGAAGAAGUCUGAAAAGAAGCUGACCGAGGGAGCUCUGCAAAACACAGAAUCCACAAGGGAGCAACAGGAUAUGCAUUUGAGAGAAUUUAAAACACAUGAAUCUGGUCAUAAAAAAUCAUCUAUUUCACAAAAACAAAUCAAUAGUGAGGAAGAUAAGCCAUCUUUUGUUGACAAUUUGGAUAAGAAAACAAACAAGUCAUAUCUUCAAACAGUAAACAGAAGAAAGCAUCAAUCUAUUGAUUUACAAGAAUCCAGUUGUGGUGAAGUUGAGACAACUUUGUUAUCCCGAAAGGAAUUCAGUGGCAGGGAAGGGAAGCUUGAGAUAUCAGAAACACUAUUGAAGGAAACAGCUGACGAACAUAAAAAAAUUGUUGGCUCAACUUCUACCACAGGAAAGGAAAUUUUGAAAUCAAAGAAGGCAUUCAGUGGCAGGGAAGGGGACCUUGCAAUAUCAGAAACACUUUUAAAAGGAACAAAGGAUAAACAUGAAAAAAUUGUUGGUUCUACUUCUACCUCUGGAAUGGAUUUGCUAGAUAGAAGUUCCCAGAAAUAUAUUGGAAAUUUAAAAAUUGAAGACACUGAACGGACCUCGGAUACUAGGAUAAAGGGCAUGGGAGUGAAAAAUGUUUCAGUUUUGAGUUCUGUUCAGGGAGUGGAGGAGCAGGAAUACCAAAAAGGAGAGAAUAUCAUUUCACAGGCUAAUGCUGAAGAUACAUCUAUCCUAAAGUCUAGAGCUAGAUUAAAGAACAUGGAAGAAAAUUUAAACAUAAGCUCAGAUUCAAGGGGUACAUGGCUCCAAACAGAUAAAAGGACAACUCAGAGUUUCCAAAACAGGAAAGGAUCUGAACUUGUCAGCACUUUAUCAGAAGGCUAUGCCAGUGAUGAAAAGCAAGUAUCAAGUUCUCAAAAAGCUUAUGAGAAGGUGAGAUUCAUUCCAAAAUGUAUAUCAACAUCAGUUGUUAGAACUAGAGAAAGUUCUAGCCAAACUGAUGAAACAAUUGCAAAUUUUGAAUUGGCCAGAAUGGACCAAAGAUCUAGCAACCUAUCAAUUUCUGAUGAAACCACGUCAAGAGAGGAAUCCAGCUUGCAGGGAUCAGUGGAUUUGGUUUCUGGUGGAAAACUUGUUAUGUUAGCAGCAGAUGAAGAAAGAAGCUCUGCAACAAUGUUGAUCCCUUCUUCCGAAAUGGGUGGAGAUUCAGCACAUGUUGAGCUCACUGCAGGAAUUGCAAGCCCUAAGAUCUUCCUUGAAACUUCAGAAAGUGACUCUUCUGCUAUGUAUGCAAAUUCAAGAAGAGGUUCUGCUUUGUAUCCAGAUGUUAUUGGUUCAGCUGAUCGUUUAGAGAAAUCAUCUAGAAAGUUUGUUGAUGAGUUUGCUGAGAGGUUCAGGCAUGAAGUAACAACUUCCCAAGCACAAGAGAUGGAAGUUAAAGGAACAAAGUUGACACUUGAAGUUGGGGGUAAUCAGAUCUACAGCUCGAGCCAACAAGGCACUCAAAAUGAUGCUCAGUCAAAGGAGCAUGAUUCAGGUCGUUCCUCUGGGCUUCCUGGGACCAAAGGUCCUUCUGAUGAGAUGUGGGAUGUCACUGAGCCAUCUAUUGAGCAAGGUCUAGUAGCCAAAGAAACAAAGAUCAGCAAAGAAACUGGGAAAACAAUUGUUACUAGAACUGGGAGGUCCUUAUGGGGUAUAAUUGGUGAUAUUGUUCGAUUGCGCUGGGGUACUUCAGCUGGAAGAUCAGCUGAGAGGAACUCACCAAACAAGUCUGAAAGUGAGACCUGGUUUUCUGAGCAGGAUCAUGAUGAAACCACUAAAACUAAUGUCAUUUACGAAACAAAUGCACCACCACAUGCCAUGAUUUCUGAUAACCUAAAACCAGUUAAACAAUAUGCCCAAAGUGAGGGAGAGACGUCUGACAAUAAAAAACUGAAGGACAAAGGAAAACAUCUUGAAAUUGGAUCGUUAACACCAAAUACAUUGGAAAGUGGAUCAAUGUCAGUAGGUGCCUCUUAUACUUCUGAAGAGGCAAAUGCUAGUUGGACUGAAGAUAAAAAAGAUUUGAAAGGCACUACUUCUGACACACAAAAUGUGGAAUUGCCAAUUUCAAUACCUGUGAGAGGACCUCCUAUUGUUGGAGAUAUUGUAAACAUGGGUGGAUCUGACAUGACUGGAAGGGUGGAGUUUGUGGGGCCAAUCAAGGAAUCUGUUGCUCCUGUGAAGUCUGAAUUAUCCGGCUCAGAGAGAAAGGAUGGAGAGUUAAAGCAACGGAAGCUUCAACGGACCAGGCAAGUUGUCAGAGAUAGGUUUGAUGACUGGGAAGAAGCCUAUCAACGUGAACUUGAGCAGCGAAGAAUAGAUGAAAUGUUCAUGAGGGAAGCACUCUUGGAAGCUAAGAAGGCUGCUGAUACAUGGGAGGUCCCUGUUGGUGCUAUUCUUGUGCAGCAUGGGAAAAUUAUUGCUCGAGGGUGCAACUUGGUGGAAGAAUUACGGGACUCCACUGCCCAUGCCGAGAUGAUUUGUAUACGAGAAGCUUCAAACCUUCUUCGGACAUGGAGACUAUCUGACACCACACUUUAUGUAACGCUUGAGCCAUGUCCAAUGUGUGCUGGUGCUAUCCUUCAGGCAAGAAUUGACACUCUUGUGUGGGGUGCUCCCAAUAAGCUUCUUGGAGCUGAUGGUAGCUGGAUUAGGCUUUUCCCUGAUGGAGGAGAAAAUGUAUCAGAACCAAGAGAUGUGCCACCUGCCCCAGUUCAUCCAUUUCAUCCAAAGAUGAAAAUAAGAAGAGGGGUCCUAGCCACGGAGUGUGCAGAUGCAAUGCAGCAAUUCUUUCAACUAAGAAGGAAAACUAAGAAAGAGGAACCCCCAAAGGACCCUUCUUGCCUUCCUGUUUCUCACCACCACCCUUCCAAGAUACUCAACAAGAUACACGACGUUUUCCACAUAAUGUUCUGUUUGUAA